AUGAAGCAUUCCACCACUCCACGCUGAGGUCUGAUUAGAUGCAAUGUUUGCAUUGCCUAGGCUGGGACCUAAUUUGUUAUGUCAAAGCAAUCAGUCACGGAUCAGCGUUGAAUGCGAACGAAAGCUUUAUUUGUUGAUGCUUCUUGAAUAAAGUGAAUCACAGUGAUUUUUUAUCCGAGUUUAAAUAUGUCCAAAACAGGAGAAAAUGUGCAACAAGUGGCUCUGAUUACAGGCGCCUCUGCUGGCAUUGGAGCACAAAUUGCAGUGAUGCUCGCUAAUAAAGGAAUAAGCGUUAUAGGCUUGGCGCGACGAGCGGAAUUAAUUAAAGAUUUGAACAAACAAGUAACAGGGCAUGGCAAAAUCCAUCCUCACCACUGCGAUCUAAGUAGCGAAGAAUGCAUCUUAUCUGCUUUUAAAUAUGUCCGCGAUACUUUUCCGCCGAUUACAAUACUCGUAUGCAACGCUGGCAUACUUAAGGCGAAUUUUAUUGCAGAAUCUACUGGCAAGGAAAUCAAGGAAUUAUUCGAUCUUAAUGUGGUGUCCACAUCCAUUUGUUUACGUGAAGGUCUGAAGUUAAUGCGUGCCAAUAAAACAAAAGGUCAUCUCAUUGUUAUGAACAGCACUCUUGGUCAUCGCAUACCGGAAGUACCAGUGCCACUUUUUAGUGUUUAUCCAGCAACGAAGCACGCCAUAACAGCGCUCUGCCAAACACUGCGCCAGGAAAUUCACUUCCUAAAGUUAAAUAUUAAAUUAACAAGCAUCAGUCCAGGAAUGGUAGAUACGGAAUUUUUAAGCGUUUACUCACGAGCUGUUGCCGAAUUACCUAAACUUCAAACUGAAGACGUUGCUAAGGCGGUGUUGUUUGCAUUAGAAACGCCGGACUAUGUUCAGGUCGAGGAAAUUAUUCUACAAGCAAUGAGCCGUUUUGAUAUAUAAACCCAUGAGAAAAUUGCCACUAUUUUAAUUGAACUCUUUGCUUAGAUGACAUCAGCAAAAUGUCAUUAAUGUUUAAUAAUAACUCAAAUAUUACAUUUUUUAUAAAUCAACUAACUAAUAUCCUGUUACGUUCUCUUUAAAAAAAGGGAAUAACCCUGCGAAUAAAAAGUACAUAUAUA